CACCUCGGUUUAGUUCGGGUCGUCCUUGUCCUCUGGUUGUCUCGUUACCCAGGCGGCGGAGACGAGGGCGGAUCGGAGACGAGCGGCGAUGCAGACUAGGGGUUAGGAGGCGCAGGUACCACGAUUUGGACGCAGGAAUCUGUCGUCCUCUUCGGUAGGUAGGGCCUUGGGCGCUCGGUCUGGAGCCCAGCGUUUCGAUCUCUUCGAGAGGCUUUGGAUCAUGGCCGCCCUCCCUCGUUUCGCGGAUCGCCUGUGGGGUCUCACUCCGUUGUUUUGAACUCAGACUUCUAGCUCUUUAGACUUCAGCAUCUAGGUGGUCGUGGAUUUCUACUAUAAGAUGGAAUCUCAUAAUGGAGUUGAACUGGAGUUGGAAAAAGAAACUCUGGAGAAAGAUUCAGUGGCCAAUGGAUGUGGGCCAAAUAUGGAGAAUGAAGUUGGCGGCGGUGGCACUGAUGCCGUGCAAACCGAAGAUGGUUCUCUGGAUAAACCAGAAAGGGAAGUUGUUGACUUUCCCGGAGAGGAUAAUGAAAGUUCUUUAGCUGCUACGGAAAUCAAAGCUUCCAAUCUCCCAAAGACAUCGGGAUCUUAUGGAGGCAACCGAUGGAAGAAAGCACAGAAAGAUCAAGGUGGUCAGAAUGGUCAUUCAAAUGAAUUUCGGAAGAAAAAACCUGUUCUUUCACCGAAUCUCUCAUUUCCUUCCAAAGGCACUCUUCCUGCUAAGCAAUCUUCCUUGGCUGCUGCAACUAGCACUCGUAAAUCAUUAUCCACAAAGCCUGGCUCAGUGGAUGCAGCUGCUAAAGAUACUUCUGAAGAAAGUGGAAUUGGUUCCACUCCAGGUGCAAGAAGCAGUAUCUCUGGUUUUAAUUUCAGCUUGGAUGAGCGUGCUGAGAAACGUAAGGAGUUUUUUAUGAAGCUUGAGGAGAAGAAUCAUGCAAAGGAAGUAGAAAAAACUAAUUUGCAAGUAAAAUCUAAGGAAAGUCAAGAGGCUGAGAUCCGAAAGCUGAGGAAGAGCUUGACCUUUAAGGCAACACCAAUGCCAAGCUUUUAUCAAGAACCUGGUCCUCCAAAAGUUGAACUGAAGAAGGAUAUGAACAUUGAUUGUCAAGUAGAAAUUACUAUGCCAAACAUCCCAACCAUGUUGUAUUACUCACUACAGAAUUUGUGAUGAGGAACAUAAAUUUGGACUACAGGAAGUAUUUCUUUUUCUCCUUAACUUCUUGCACUAGAGUGGCUAAUGUGAUGGUUACAAAUUGUCUGACUCAUCUGAUUGAGGUGGUCUAAAAACAGGCACAUGCAGUUCUAGAGGUCAGACGUCUUUUAAAAAAAAAAAAAGGGUUACUCAAGAAUCUUUUCACUACAACUCAAUCUAAAUUAACUGUCAUGUUUAUAUGUAAUUAAAUACUUAUUAAACAAAAAAUAAUCUGUGGCACAUUUCAGGAUUGACACUUCCUUUGAAAAUUGUUGCACUCUUUAAUGUCUCACUGCUUCAUACUCUGAGUCACUAGGCUAAUUUGCCAUGGACACGAAGGUACUGUCGUAUUUUCUUUGUUUUGUAUCUCCAAUUCGAAGAUUUAGCCUAAAGUAUUUAUAAAUUUUUAUGACAUUCGAUUUGAUUGGGUGGUUGGAAUUUUGAACGUAAUCCAGUGGGUACUAUUUCAAUAUAUUUAGUAGUCAUUUGAUGUAACUGAUCCUUUUGUGCAACUUCAGUACAUCAGUAGCAAAUGCAGAAUAUGAUGGAAAUUCCUUUUCUUUUAUGAUAUUUAUACAAUUUCUUUUCCCUUGGUAUUCUGUUUUUCCACAUCAUUAUGAUGAUAACCAUGUUUUAAUAAAGUUUACCUUCACUAGAAAAGAAACUGUACAACCGAUCUGAUGAUC